AUGCCUCCCAAGAAGAACUCCGAUGCCGGUGCUGCCGCCGGUGGUCUUGACCUUACUGACUCUGAGAUCAAGCUCAUGUUCGCCAUGAUGGAGAUCAUGAACCGCCCUUCCAUUGAUUACGACGCCCUCGCCGUCAAGCUCGGCUCCGCCAGCGCCAACGCCGCUCGCACUCGCGUCGCUACUGCCGUCAAACAGCACCCUACCUGGUUCACCGGCCCUGGUGGCCCCUCUGCCACUGGCGAGGGCUCUUCUACCGCUGGCAACGACGGCAGCACCCCGGUCAAGAAGCCCCGUGUCAAGCGCACCCCGAAGAAGAAGGCGCCUUCCGACGAGGAGGAUGGCGAGAAUGCCGAGGAGCAGGAUACGCCUUCCAAGAAGAAGGCUCGUAUUGCCAAGGUCAAGGAGGAGCUGGCGGAUACCACUUCCGAGGAUAUCAAGCCGAAGCUGGAGAACCCUGUUACCAUGGAUGGCCAGAUUUAA